UCAACAUGUCAGUGAUGAGAAUAAAAUAAGUUGUAAUUUUUGUGAUUUUCUAUUGAUUUCUAUACUAUAUUUUGUGCAUAUAUUCUACAAAAUCUUAUUCCUAAUUAGUUUUUGUUGUGUAUACUAAACAAAUAUGUGACAAGUGCGACAACCGUGGCAUUCAAAUGACUAAAAUUGUUGAUCAAUUGUGGAUAGAAGUACCAACGAUUUGAAAAUUCUUAAAAAUGUCUCUACCUGGGAAUGGAAUUUUCGUCGUGCAGGGCGAGAUGGCCAUGCUGGUCACCGCCAUGCGACGGAGCACUCGAUGGGGCUCACAUUCCUUUCCGAAUGAAGAGUACGACAUGCUCAUGAAAACUUUCCAAGACCUUAAAAUAAUUCUGAAUCAAGUGGACGAUCUGAGACUCCUCGAUCCUGCUACGUAUUUGAGUCCGUUCUUGGAAGUUAUACGGAGCAAGGAAACUACAGGGCCUGUCACCAGUCUUGCUCUAUCUUCAAUACACAAGUUCUUAUCAUAUGGAUUAAUAGACCCAACCCACCCUAGUGUACCUGCAACAGUUGAAGAUAUAGCUGAUGCAGUGACUCACGCUCGCUUUGUAGGCACCGAUCAUUCAUCAGAUGGAGUUGUUCUUAUGAAAAUUUUACAAGUACUAAGAACACUGAUGCUGAGUCCAGAAGGUGCCAUGUUGACUGAUGAUAGUGUGUGCGAGAUUAUGCUCAGCUGUUUCCGCAUCUGUUUUGAGACUAGGCUCACAGAACUGCUGCGCCGCAAUGCUGAACAGUGCUUACGAGAUAUGACACAGCUCAUCUUCAUGAGACUGCCGCAGUUUCCCAUCGAAGACAAUCCUCACAGCUUCACUACACUCGGCCUGUCACUGAAAAGACGGGACAAGGUGAACAAGAGGAAAUCACUGACUAAUGCACAUAGUACAAAUUCCUUAGAUAGAAAAUCGCCUGUCGCCGAACCAGCCGUAACUGAAAGUCUAACGGAUACGGAAGUUAAUAAAACCCUCAGUAUUAUUGGACAGAACCAAGACAAGAACCUGAUAAACGAAGCGGAGAUCACUAUAGAGCCAGUUGACGGUAUAAAGAGUCCGAAGCGUCACGGCCGCCACUCCUCCAUGGACCUCGCGAACGGCAACACGCCAAUAAGUCAACUGCUGGAGAAGUGCGUCAGUGGAUCACAAGAGGAGAAGGAGAAGGAGAAUGAAGAAGAAGAGAAGGGGAAAGAGUGUGAGCAGAUAGAGACGGUGGAAGUCGGCGAGGCGGUCAGUGAGGAAGUUCCAGAAGAAGCGCCAUCCGCCACGGAAGAGAACAAGGAAGCUCCGAAGGAAGAGAUACAGAGCGAAGAGAAAGAGAAGGUAGAAGAAUACGUCAACCAUAGAGGCAUCCGAUUUACGGCACAAGACGAUAGCUUGAAUCUGCAGCCCUAUGGACUCACGUGUAUUAGAGAGAUUUUCAGGUUCCUCAUAUCGCUCUGCAACCCUCUGGACACGCAGAACACAUCAGCGAUGGUGCACCUUGGUCUGCAGCUGGUGCAGGUUGUACUGGAGGUAGCUGCGGACCACUUGGCUUCUUACACCUCGCUCAUGUACCUGAUCAAGGACCCGCUGUGUAGGAAUCUGUUGAGUCUUUUGGACACGGAAAGAAUUUCAAUAUUCGCACUUGACCUUCAAAUCUGGUUCCUAUUAUUCGAAGCGCUCCGAGUGCACUUAAAGUUCCAAAUGGAAGCGUUUUUCAAGAAGAUCAUAGAGAUCCUCUCCAUAGACACGUCCAAAGCGAUAUACGAGCUGAAGGAAAUACACCACAUCGCUCUAGAAAACUUGGCCCAAAUGUUCAGGAUACCUGGCCUCUGCACUGAACUCUAUCUAAACUUUGAUUGCGACGUGUACUGUACAAAUGUGUUCGAAGAAUUGACUAAACUCCUGUCCAAAAAUGUGGUGUCUUCCACCGCUUAUAACAUUCAUAGUCUGUCGCUAGAAGUGCUCAUGACCAUAAUAGAAGCGAUAGAAAUUGGGACUAGUCAGAAGGAGAAAGAAGAAGUGGCGGAUGAAAGGGAAGUAGAGAGGAUAGGAGUGGAAUACGGUCGCGGUGGUCAUGUGUCCCUAGAGUUGGGUGGAAUGGAUGACGCGUCUGUGGUCAGCGACCAUGUGACCCAUGAUAUAAGUCAGUAUUUUGUCGGUGGGAGGUCUGCGAGACAUAAGCCAUCGGUCGAGCUGCCCAGUGACGCUGAGUUGGACAAUAUUAAGAAUAUGAAAAAGUGGGUCACUCAAGGUACUGAGCUGUUCAACCAAAAACCAGAGCGCGGUAUAGAAUUCCUACAAGAGCACGGAGUUUUGGCAACGCCCUUAGAUCCUGAUGAAGUGGCCAACUUCCUGAGGGAAAAUCCCGAUUUGGACAAGAAAAUGAUUGGUGAAUACAUAUGCAAGCGCUCGUCGCGCGGCGAGGACGAGGGCCCGAGCGUGCUGAGCGCGUUCGCGAACAGCUUCGACUACUCGCGGCUGCGCAUCGAGCAGGCGCUGCGCCUCUACCUGGAGACCUUCCGCCUGCCCGGCGAGGCGCCGCUCAUCUUCCUCGUCAUGGAGAAGUUCGCCGAGCGCUGGCAUACGACAAACGGGUGCCCGUUCGCGAACACGGACGCGGCGUUCCGGCUCGCGUACGCGGUGAUCAUGCUGAACAUGGACCAGCACAACCACAACGCGAAGAAGCUGAACGUGCCCAUGACGGUGGACGACUUUGUGCGCAACUUGCGCGGCUGCAACGGCUCCGGCGACUUCCCCACUGAUAUGCUCAAGGAGAUCUUCUAUUCUAUCAAGAACGAGGAGAUGGUGAUGCCGGCGGAGCUGCACGCGCUGCACGCGCGCCUGCUGCCCGCCGCCUGCCCGCCCGCGGUGACAGCCCUGUCGGCGGCAUUCGAGCGCUCGACGCCGCCCACGGCGGAGGAGAUCGAGACGAGCGCGCGCGACUGCCUGGCGCUGAGCGCGCUGAGCGGGCUGGAGCGCUGCGCCGCGCUCGUGGCGCGCCUGCGCCCCGCGCCCGACACGCUCACGCUCGACACGCUGCUGCUCACGCUCAGCAAGUUCACCGGCCUGCUGGCGCCGCACCACGCCUCCUAUAUCGCAGUCGGAGUGUCGCUGGGGCAGGCGAGCAAGGCGCAGCAGGCGCUGCGGCGCGCGUGCGCGGUGUGGGCGCGCCACGCGGAGUGCGUGCGCGCGGGCUGGCGCCACCUGCUGGAGAUCACGUGCACGCUCUACGUGGGCCGCCUGCUGCCCAAGUGUCUAGUGGAAGCCGAAGACUACCUGUCACCGACGGGCACGGUGUCGCUGAUACGCGAAGCGAGCCGCGGUACGGAUAGCGGUCUGCUGUCUAGCAUAUAUUCAUACAUUGCAUUGGGAGAGACUGGUAUACGUGCGCCAACUCCCCAUGAAAAGGCCUUGAUAGACGCGGCCACGGAAUGCGUGGCGUCCUGCAACUUGCCCGGCCUGCUCGUGUCCGAGACUAAAUUCCUGCCCGUUGAGAGUCUUCAGGAGCUUAUUCAAGCGAUGAUUGCUGUAGGCGCUCCGCCAGAUCCAGACAGUUUGCAGCUCAAUCCACAGCUAGAAGACAUCACUAUAUUCUUCUUUGAACUUCUCGGACAGACGUUAAUACAAAAUCGGGACCGACUGCUGACCGUAUGGGAGGAGUGCGGGCCGCACCUGGAGCGCGUGGUGGUGUGGGCGGCGGGGCGCGGCCACUACGCGCUGGCGCGCGCGCUCACGGCGCUGCUGCGCACCGCGGCGCGCCUCAUGCGCUGCGAGCUGUGCGCGCCCACCGUGCUGCUGCACCUGCAGCUGCUGUUCCGCCUGCCCUACAAGCUGUUCUACCAGCAGGCGGAUGUGAUAUCGUGUGGCAUCUACGAGAUAGUGAAAACGUCGGCGCAGAACAUUCACAGCGGCGCGGAGUGGGGCGCGCUGCUGGCGCUGCUCGCCGCCGCCGGCGCGGGCGCCUGGCCGCGGGACGCCGCGCCGCCAGCAUCAGCGAGUAGGUCAGAAGGUUCAGAGGAGGAAAAUGACAGAAGACCGACUAGCGUUUCAUCGGAGAGUGAAUUGUCGCAUUCGCCGCAAACACAGGGAUGGAUUUUGGUGAAGAACGAGUCGGGCAAAACGACAGAGGCCGUCGAAGUGGAGCUGGAGCAAGUCCAGCUGCGCGCGCACCGCAGUUCCGCCCUCGGGCGCUGCGUGGAGGCGCUGGCGCUCGUCAUACGCGACGUGGCGCACGUGACGCCGCACAACUGCCGCGCCGCCGUGCGCGCCGUGCGCCUGCUGGCCAGGGCCACGCUGCAUUCCGGUAAAACAAGUAAAUUACAUGACAAUCGUAAGUCCAAAGGUCGCGGACGCUCCGAUUCGAGCGAUGAAGAAGAUUCACUGGACAGCUACCACAUGGUCAGCAUACAGCUAUUAGAUCUGAUGCACACGUUGCACAGUCGGACGGCGCAGAUAUUUAAGUGGUGGAGAGACGAGGCUGAUCAGGAACAAAAUGCAGAAGAGUAUGAUCUAUGGGAGGUUGCGUGGAAACCACUAUUGCAAGGGAUUGCUGAAUUCUGCACGGACAGAAGGAAACAGGUGGCGAACAGCGCGAUCGCGUACCUGCAGCGCGCGCUGCUGGCGCCGGCGCUGGCGGCGCUGCGCGGCGCGGGCUGGGAGGCGUGCUUCAGCUGCGUGCUGCUGCCGCUGCUGGCGCGCCCGCCGCGCCGCCACGAGACCGCCGCGCGCGCCAACACGCUCAUGUGCAAGGUGUUCCUGCAGCACCUGCAGGCGCUGAGCGCGCGCGCGUCGUUCGCGGCGCUGUGGGCGCGCGUGGUGCGCGUGCAGCGCGCGCUGCUGGCCGCCAGCGCCGAGCCGCUGCGCGAGGGCGCGCAGGAGUCGCUCAAGAACAUGCUGCUCGUCAUGCACUCCGUCAAGAUAUUCAGCAAUGGUGACGGUUACAAUGACCUGUGGUACCUCACGUGGGACAUCAUCGGCGAGUUCCUGCCUAAUUUAAAACAGGAACUCUUCCCCGACGUGAACGACAACACGAAGCCAACGCAAAACCUACCGAGUCACAUGCAACCCUCCAUCCCCCACUCGCUCCCGACCCUCAUCCCCGUCGCACCGAACAGUAUGCCCAACGUUCCUUCUUACAAUACAUCUCCAACCAACACCAAUUUGGGCCAACAACCGCCAAACGUGGCCCAACCUUACCCAUUCUCCGCCAACACCACAAACACACUCCAAUCCAGCCCGAUCCACGCACAACGACAGACACCGAAUAUUCUAGUAGGUUCGAUGGCCAGUUCUCCAGUGAACCUGCCAAUGACACCACCCGGUGGGCCAACGUUGGUCGCGCCUGUACCCUUGCCCGGGACGAUACAACAAAUUCUACCACAACACACAAAUGUGCAAGGUGGAUUGCAAAACAUGUACACGUUACAACAGAAUGUACUUACGCAACAACAAAGUGCACCAACACAACAACAAAACGCCCCUAACGCGCAAGAAAGUGUGCCGACGGCACAACAAAGUGUGCAAACAUCACAACAGUUUGUGCAACAAAAUAUACCAACACUACAACAAAAUUUGUCACCAGUACAACAGAUUGUACCAACGGUUCAACAAAAUGUACCGCCGGUACCACAAAGUGUACCAGUGCCUCAAAGUGGUGUAGCUAGAGUGGUGUCACCAACGCUAGGGCCGCCUGUUAGUGGUAUGGUGGCGAUUAGAAAUCCUUUGUAUGAUCAAUCGGGUUUGACUUCAUCAGUUUUGCUGCAGCCGUUGAAUGAGAUGGUAUCCACGCCAAUCGGUAUAUCGAUACAACCAACUAACACUACAAAUGAUCAACAACCUGAUCAACAGCAAGCGACAGAAAGUGUGCAACAGAGCGAAAUAUUCGCAGAGUAUCUGACCAAUCCCUACAACGAUGUCCCCAAAGCUGAAGACAAGAAGUCCUUCAGCGCGAAUGUGACACCUAUGCACAGUGGCAGUAAAGCUCAAUUUGGAUCGACGGAUAACGUGAACGGAUCCGGAAUGUUCAAUUUCUCCAGCUAUUUCACGUCCGGAAUGGGUUCCGGGGUAUUCGACACGCUUAUGUCGACGCAAGAGGGAUAGCGGGAUAUCGAUGUCGGCACUUGGUUAUAGUUUAUCGAAAUGUAAGCUUUGAUUCUGUCUGAAUUGUGUGCUGUUAUGACUGGAUUAAAAUAAAUCUGUUUUAUUUGGAAAGGGCGUUUUUUCGAAGCCUAAGUGUUUAAAGUCCUAUCCAUGUAUGCGAUAUGAUUUCGAUGAACAUUCGUAAGAGAUCUUAAGUCUCGUAGACGGUGUAUCGCAUGUAAUAUAUUAUUUUAGUUUCCACAUUACAUGUCAGAAUCAGAGCCACUUCGAUGUUUAUUAAUUAUUGGGUAAAUAUAUUCCAUUAGCUGAGCGUAACUUUGUUUUAACAUUUUAAGGCCAUAUUUAUGUAAGUAGCGUGACAAGUUUGAUUUUGUAUAAAAUUCAAAUUUUGUUGUCGGAUACUAAAAAUAAUGAAGUACUAACAGACCCGGCGAAAUUCCUUCUAUAUCUUCUUUCUCAAUGUUGACACGAAAAAAUUUAUUCCGGUUCCACUAGCAUAUUUUAUGGCCUACUGUAUUGUUUGGAAAUGGAUUAGUAAUCAGAUGAAAUAUCUACUUCUUUAUUAACAUACUUAUGAUCGAAGAAAACAUAAAGAAAUUAAAGGAACCUGGCAGUUAUUUGAAUUAUACAAAUACUUGUUACGUACUGAACUUAUGAACUUUUGUAAUAUAAAGAUGUUUGUUAUAUUAUAUAAUAUUGUUUUUCUCUUCUUUAAUCAAAGUUAUAUAUCUUUGUAAAUAUACUUCGAAUUCUGGAAACUGCAAUUCAAUACGAAAACUCAUUAACAAGUUGAGGCGGCGCCAAAACUUUAGUAGGUUUUGUUCUACGCGAUUUGGCCAUUUAAUAGUAACGUUAUCGUUAAACUAAAAUCUCCGCAACAACACAGCACUGGAGAUAACAAACAAGAAUUGCGAUCGAGAUGUAACUGACGCACGGUCAUUGACGCUCUACGAAUAGUUUUAUUGCUACGCGGAAUCGCAAUGAAUUAACGCAUUUCGCCGUCGAUGGAGCGGCAGCAUUUUGCGCUGGAAAAUGG